AUGUCUGCAUAUUUAGGAAAUAGAAAUUCGGAAAUGAGGAAUAACAGACAGGACGUAGAAGCCAAUUCACUAGUGAAUCCAUUUUGCAAAUUUUCUACUGUAACUAAUGAGACAGAAGGCAGUGUAUUGCAGCCAUCAAAUUCAGUACAAUUAUAUUCGUGUAUACACAACGAACGAUUUUAUAAAUUUUAUGGUGCAAUUCAUGAAUCAAAUGAAUAUGCCUUGCCAUCAACAAAUAUUCAAUUAUCAAAAGCACCGAAUAAUAACAGAAAACGAAUGGAUUGUAAACUUUCUGGUCUCGAUUGUUUACCUAUAUUAGAAGAAUCAUUGGAUGGAAAAAAUUCACAUAUCAGUGAAAUCACAUCUGUUUUGAAUAACAGAACUAAACAGUUAAUAAACACUUCUAAACAGUCGAGACAAAUAAGUUAUGAACUUAGUUAUUCAUCAAUUGACAAAGUGGAAAAACUGAAACGCGAAUGUGAACAAUCAGGUAAACUUGUAUCCAAUUUACAAAUGAGGACGGAACAGCGAUCAAAAAUCAAUAAACGACUGAGAGCUAAAAUUAACGGCCUUCUAAGUAUAAUUCAGAUAUUAAAAGCGAAUAUAAAUAGUAUGGCAGAUAUGGUUCAGUAG